UGCAAGCUAGCUUUAUUCUUGAGCCGCCCUAAGCACCGAGAAGGGGAAUGACAGGAACAGUCGCUGAUAGCAUUUUAUAAUUAUUGUUGUUGCGGAUUUGUAAACGUUUAUGUUUGUGCGUUUUUAAAGCCCGCUUUGACUUUAGAAAUCGAGACUGUCGUGUCCGGACACAGGAGCAUGUCUGCGGUUGACAGUUAGCGAACGAAAAUUAUUCCUUCAUCCUUCUAGAAAAGCUAACUGGCUAGCCAUCCGCUGCAGCGUUAGCAGCUAGGUAAUUUAGCAUCAAAAUGCCUGACACAAAACGCUAAUUAAAGCUGCACACUUACGUGGUGUCGGCUAGAUGCUGACAAAACUAUAUUUCUGUAUUCAACCUAACGGUGGAAUUAGCGUUGAGCUGCAAUGCGGCUAGCCUCUGGGCUCGGCAUAGCUAAUUUAAUGUCAAGUCUUUAUGCCUGGUAGUCGAAAACCGCUUUAUUCGAGCAAGGUUAAAAAAAAAAUAUAUAUAUAUAUACAUUCAAAGCACAGUCAGCGAGGCCAGCCUUUGCUAGCUAGUUUUAUGUAGAUAUCAGUUUAAGCAGUCGAGCUGAGCAUGAUGAUAACCCUUUGCGGUUACGUUAGCCAGCAGUACCAUAGCUAAUGUUAGCCGCACGAUUGGCUAACUGGGUAACUAAUGUUGGCUUAUUACUGUAAUUAACCAGCGACUAAGUCAACUGAAGACAGCAUCCGAGCCAGCUAAACAUGGCUUCAGAGGAGGCAUCGCUGCGCGCACUAGAGGGCCUGAUGACGGAGUUCUUUCAUAGCUGCACAACUAAUGAGCGAAAAAGAGAAAUCGAAGAGCUGCUGAAUAACUUUGCACAGCAGACUGGAGCGUGGCGCCAUUGCAUGUUCUUCCUCUCCAAUACUCGGAAUGAGUAUGUAAUGAUGUACAGUCUCACAGUAUUUGAAAACCUGGUAAACAAGAUGUGGAUUGGAGUUGCUUCCCAGGACAAGAUGGAGAUUCGCAGCUGUCUUCCCAAACUCCUCCUUGCUCAGCACAAAUCUGUGCCCUAUUUUAUCCGUAAUAAGCUUUGUAAAGUCAUUGUAGACAUUGGUCGCCAGGAUUGGCCGAUGUUCUACCACGAUUUCUUUACAAACACCCUUCAGUUGAUCCAGUCCCCGGCUCUGGCUCCACUGGGGUUGGUUAUGUUAAAAACCACAUCAGAAGAGCUUGCAUGUCCUAGGGAAGACCUGAGUGUUGCCAGGAAAGAGGAGCUCCGCAAACUGCUGCUGGAGCAGGUGCCAACAGUGCUUGGACUGUUGACCGGAAUUCUGGAGACAUACUGGGACAAGCACAGUGUCAUAGCUUCUACGCCGCCUCCCUCACCCACCUCAGGGGAAAGCAUGGAAUUGCUGGGCAGCUUGUUUCAAGGUAGCCAGUACUCAAAACUGCUUUGUCAGCCCAUGGCAGCAUUGGACAAUGAGAGUCAUCAGCUCUGUUGCCUUGUUUUGGAGUGCUUGGCCCACCUGUUCAGCUGGAUCCCUUUGUCUACAAGUAUUACGCCCACCUUGUUGGCAUCCAUUUUCCAUUUUGCACGAUUUGGCUGUGAUCUUCGGCCAAAGGCCAAGACAGACUCCUUCAUUUCUUCCAACUCCUCCUCCUCAAAUGGACAGCUUAAUCCUGGGACAAUGCCACCAACAUCAAAUGGAGGAGAGCUAAACGGACAGCAAAACGAGGCUAACAAGGUGGACCGGGCCCGGCUUGGUUUACUUGCCAUGACCUGUGUCAAUGAACUGGUGUCAAAGAACUGCGUGCCAAUGGAUUUUGAGGAGUACUUGCUGCGAAUGUUCCAGCAGACCUUCUUUCUUCUUCAAAGGCUGACACGAGAAAAUAAUGCUCAUACAAUCAAGAGCCGCUUACAGGAACUUGAUGAGAGUUACCUGGAAAAGUUUACAGACUUCCUGCGUCUGUUUGUCAGUGUUCACUUGAGGCGAAUUGAGUCAAGUCCUCAGUUUCCUAUUGUAGAGUUUCUUGCCCUGCUUUUUAAGUACACUUUCAACCAGCCCACCCAUGAAGGCUAUUUUGCCUGUUUGGACAUUUGGAGUGUGUUUUUGGAUUUUUUAACAACGAAAAUCAAAAGCAGGCUACCAGACAGAGAAAGUGUCCUGAAUAGGUACAAAGAUGCCUUAGGUCUUCUGUUAAGGGAAGUUCUGAAUCGCAUACAGUUCAGAUGCAAUCAAGCCCAGUUAGAAGAGCUGGACGACGAGACUCUGGAUGAUGAUCAACAGACUGAGUGGCAAAGGUACCUGCGUCAGAGUCUGGAGGUGGUUGCCAAGGUGAUGGAGCUGCUCCCAUCCCAUGCAUUCUCUACUUUGUUUCCAGUUCUUCAAGAAAACUUGGACGUAUACCUCGGUUUACAGCAGUUUAUUGUGACUACUGGCACAAGUCGACGGCUAAAUAUCACUGCUGAGAACGACUGUCGCCGACUUCACUGUUCUCUCAGGGACCUCAGUUCCCUACUUCAGGCUGUUGGACGCUUGGCUGAGUAUUUCAUUGGAGAUAUUUUUGCUGCACGUUUCAGUGACGCCCUGGCUGUGGUAGAGAGAUUGGUUGAAGUGACUUGUUAUGGCUCCCAGACCAGCCUCUAUGACCUGGAGACUGCUGUGCCUUCUGUGCUCAAACCAGACCUCAUUGAUGUACAUGCACAGGCUCUUGCUGCUUUGCAAGCUUAUUCUCACUGGCUUGCACAGUUUUACAGUGAAGUCCACAGUCAAAACCAGAGCCAGUUCAUCAACCUCAUUAAGUCUGCCAUCGACGCCAGUAGCCCGCUCAUCACAGCCAAGGUACCGGAAAAGUUGAUGCUGUCAGCGUGCCAUCUGAUGGUCUCCAUAACCUCUACAGUGAGGCCUGUGUUCUUGGUCACUUUGCCAGCUGUUCAAAACAUCUUCAACCAGAUUACUACACAAAAUCAGACACGCAGACUUCCCCAGGAGGCUCACAUGUUGGUGUGUAGGGCUUUAUCCAAUAUGCUGCUGCUCCCUUGGCCAAAUUUACCAGAGAGUGAACAACAGUGGCAGACACGCUCAAGCAACCACGCCAGCCUGCUGGCUGCGCUCACUCGAGAAUAUCGUAUCUUAAGAGGCACAGUGAACAUUACUUCACGGCAGCCUGGCCUGAAUGACAUCAAAGCAGUCAUACAGCAGACUCUGCCUGUGCUCAGAGACAUAGUGGACAGUGUCUCCAGUGAAUCCACCAAGUCACGUCAGAUCUGUUAUCAGAGUCUUCAGGAGUCUGUCCAAGUGUCCCUCACCCAUUUUCCAGUGUUUAUUCAGCAGCCAGAUGUGACAGAUGAGAUGUUGGCCUUCUUCUUGACGUUGUUCCAGGCGUUACGAGUCCAGAUGGGUGUUGCUUUCACAGGACAGAUCAUCCACACGUUUCUUAGCAUGUUCACCAGGGAGCAGCUGGCAGCCAGUAUUUUGCAUGAGGGCAGUGCAGGGUGUAGGGUGGUGCAGAAGUUCCUGAAAAUCCUACAGGUGGUGGUGCAAGAGCCCGGUCAAGCUUUUAAGCCCUUCCUACCCAGCAUCCUUUCUUUGUGCAUGGAGCAGGUCUACCCAGUGGUGGCAGAGCGAUCCUCUCCAGACAUCAAGGCCGAGAUGUUUGAGUUGCUAUACCAAAUACUUCACCAAAACUGGAGGUACUUCUUUAAAACUUCAGUCUUAACAAGUGUCCAAAGAGGAGAUUCAGAAGACACAAUGGAAAAUGAGGCCCAGUUCACAGCGGCCAUGCAGGCUUUUGGACAGUCUUUCCUGCAGCCUGAUAUCCACAUUUUCAAGCAGAAUCUGUGCUAUCUGGAGUCUCUCAACAGCAAGCACAAGUUAUACCACAGAAAGCUUUUCCGGACCUCAAUGCUCUUCCACUUCAUCAAUGUGCUGCUGCAAGUCCUUCUCCACAAAAGUCACGACCUUCUUCAGGAGGAAAUCACCCUCGCCAUUUACAACAUGGCCUCUGUUGACUUUGAUGCCUUUUAUUCGGCCUUCAUGCCGGAAUUCCUCAAUGGCUGCCACGGUGUGGACAGCAGCCAACGAGCUGUUCUCGCACGUAAUUUCAAGCUGGAACAGGACCUGCCUUCGUUCACUCAAAGCGUUCAGCGGCUGGUGAACGAUCUUCGCUACUACAGACUGUGCAACAGCAGCCUGCCCACUGGCACCAUCAAGCUAUAGCACGAUGACUGUUUGAACCACUCCACAUACCGUCAGGACUGCCUGUGCUGACCACUUUCCCCGACACUCCUCCAAUUCAGCUGUGCUCCACCUUUUCAAAGUAAUAGGAUGGAGCAACACACAUUGUUCGGUUAGGUAAUUGGAGGCUGAGGAUGCUGCUGAUGUUUUUAUUUGAUUUCUACUGUAGAAGGUUGGCACAUUAUUAUUUUUAAGGCAGUGCCCUCCUUGUGAAUUGCCAAUGAGUUUGGUGAGAAAUGUAAACCUGGUCUGCAUUUGGCUUUUGCCCAGACCUGGAGCAGUCUGAGCCAGGCCUUCUUUCCCACGCCUCUGCAACAAAGCUGGGCUGGGACAGAGCACUUUCAACUCAUUUUGAGUUUUGUUUUAGUUUUCUUUAAUGUCUGCUUUUAUUCAUUUUGCCUUUUUAAUCUCCAAAGGAGAGAGACUCUCAACUUAAGAUCUUUCAUAUCAUUCCAUUCUGAAAAGAGAAAACCUGCUUGAAUAAUAAAGUGCUUUUUUAAUAAAACCUUUGGCUGGUCUCUGUGCCCUCUGCUGGUCAUCUUAUAGUAUUCAUAAUGAGAAUUUUUUUUAUUAGAGAUUAUGUUUUCCUUUACUUCACUACAAUCAUCUACUGUAGAAUAUGUUUUAGACUUUUUAUUUAUUUUUUGUUUUGUUUAUUUGUAAUUGUCAGGGACCAAGCAGUAAAGCAUAAAGGACACAGGUGGUUUUAAUUCAACAAAGGGGUUUUAUUGACCCAAAAAUAUGAAAACAUAUUUAACAAAGCCAAAACUUAAACAGGCAGACCAAUAAAAGAGGUCAACUCAAUAGACUAAACUCAAGAUAAUAAUUAACAAAACCUCAAACAAACAUAUGAUAAACUGACCUGCUGAAAUGACACACAGGGGAACUUAAAUAUCGGUUUAGCUAAACCAAAUGACACACACGGGGGGAAACAAGACGGCUGCCAUAUAACCAACUAAUACAAAACAAUGAAACAAACAUGAAACACCCCCCAGGCAAUGAAGCAUGUGGUGCAAUCCAAUUAGGCUGUCAGUGGUACUUCAGGUCUCGCAGCCCUUUGCCACACCUUUUGCCAGACAGGAGAAGCCAACCCCCAGGUAACUCAAACAAAGAAAGAUGUAUUAAUAUAAAAUAAAGCAGAACUUUGACCUUGCAAGGUUAAUAUGUGUGCACGCCAUAUAAACAUUGGAAGGUGUGAUGGAAAAAUAAAUACAUUUAAUAAAGAAACAAUAUUGAACAAUAAAUAGAAUAUUUUAAAGUAGUGACUGUAAAUUAAACUAAAGUGAAUCAACAGGUGGUGAGGUGUGGAGCUUACCAUGUGUGGCAUGCCAUCACAGUAAUAUGCAAAAAAUGUUCCUUUUCUGAUCCACUGGAUCAGGCAGAACAUGUCUUAACUCUAAGAAAAAAACCAACAGAAGCCUUGAAACAUGACAUCACAUAAAAUCAAUCACAUGACAAAUAUGUGCAGACUCACAUGUACAAGGUGGAAAAGAACAAUGGUGCAUUUUCAUAAAUUAUGAAAAGAUGUCACAAACUCAAGCAGCAAAGACAUGGCUCUAAUGUUGUCUGGCUUUGUGUAUCCUAAGCUUACAUUAAAUGUGACUGUUUAGUGGACUCUGUCAAGUGCACUCAGUUUGAUAAGAGAGGAUUUUGGUUACAAAAUUUCACCUUGAUGCUGAUUAGUACCGUGCAGUCUAGUCAGCGUCAAGCCUAGACUGCAAAAAAGAUGAUGCUUAGGAAAAUUUAAAGGGAGCAGCAGUUUAUUGAAAAAUCUGCAAAUAUAAAUCCACAUAUAAGGGAAUUUUAACAAAACUGAAGUCAAUAUGACCAACUUUAUACGUCUGCACUGUCUGUAUUGGCGUGGCUGUAUGUCAGGUGGCAGAGCAGGUCAGCUACUGGAAGGUUGGUGGUUCUGCUCCAGUCAGGAUACUAACCCCAUGUUGCUCUCCGAUGCAUCUAUCGGAGUGUGAAAGUGUCUGGAUGUUAGAUACGGAGCACUUAACACUUUAGAAAAAAAGUGAUUGGGUGAAUGAAUUUGUUGUAUAAAGUGCUUUAAGUCCUCAGAGUAGAAAAGCGCUAUAUAAGAACCAGUUCAUUUACCAUGAACUCUCUUAGUCACGCUGUCUUGUAAUGUACCUAAUUAGUCUUCAGGAAUAGUUCUCUUCAGGCUUCUUGAAGCACGUUCAAAGCUCUUCUCUGGAUGUUGGCUGCAUUUUUCCUGUCCUUUUUCAACAUGAUGCCACGCUGCUUCAGUAAUGUUGCAGUCUGGGCUCUGGAGAGGCCGAUCCAUGUCUCAUCUAAGUGCUCCAUUUUGUGUUUUUCUAUCCAGGUAUGAUUUUGCUACACUCCUUUGUGAUCAUUGUCAUGCUGACUAAUGAAGCUGUUGCCUGGUGGUAUUUCAUGCUGGAUGAUAAUCUGACUACUUUUCUGCAUUCAUAAUUUCCUCAACCCUUUCACCAUGUUACAAAUGACUAGACAUUCACUGUUGUACAUUUAUCCUGACCACCUCUAUAUUACUGAAAAUGACUUGAACCAAAGUUUUCAAAAGUGAGUUCAUCACUCCAUAAGACCUGUUGCCACUGAGAUAUGCUGUGACAGGAAAAAAGUAUGUUUCCCCUUCCCGAUUUCGGUUUUUAAAUCAUGAGUUAACUUAUUAAUGGAAAAAAGUUAU